AUGGAAAAAUCGAGGAAAUGUUAUAAAAGGAAAAAAAAAGAAGUCGUCGAAGUUUUUUGUUUCGACGACGACGACGAAUGCGUUGACGAAGAUGAAGAAGAAUUUGGCGAAAUGGAAAUGGAGGAUGAUGAAGAUGAAGAUAGACCCUCGAAUGUUCUUUCAACUGAUUCAACAAUUUUAGAACCGAUUACUUUUCAAUGGAAUGAUGAAACUUAUGAAUUUGAAGAAUUAUGCGAUGUGAAAAUAAUUAAAAAAGCACCUAAGGACGAUUUUUUUCCUUUUCCCGUUGAUAAAACAAACAAAUCGAUAAAACGAUAUUUACAAGUUUGUAGACUAUUAUAUGUUGCUCCCAUUGUUAAACUCCUUAAGGAACUCAGUACAAAGGCAAUAGAUUUAAGCUAUCGUGGCAUGGACAGUAAAAGUAUGAAAAGCAUGUGUUUGGCCUUGGAAGUUAACACGAGUGUGGAAAAAAUUGAAAUGAAGUGUAAUGAAUUAACUAAAGCCGAUUGUUUUUAUUUAGGACGUGUUUUGGGUAUCAAUGAAACAAUUAGUUACCUAGAUCUUGCUGGAUGUAGAAUCAGCAGCGAAGGUUUAAAACCUUUAAUGGAUUUUUUACCUUAUAAUUAUUUGUUGGUAUAUUUAAAUUUAUCGAAAUGUUACAUCGAAGAUUACGGUGCGAAAUUACUUGCCGAAGUUUUAAUACGUAAUAAUUCUAUAGAAUAUUUAGAUUUGUCUUAUAAUAAUUUGAGUGAACAAGCAGCCAUUGAUUUAUCGUUGGCUUUGAAAGUAAACGAUGCACUCAUCGAUUUAAAUCUUUGUUAUAAUAAUAUUUUCGAACCUUCUGCCGUGAAACAAUUUUUCAAAGCCAUGGUGGAAAAUAAAUCGAUAAAAAAAUUAAAUUUCGCCUGGAACGGUUUAAAUGGUGAAGAUGUUGGUACUCAAAUCGGAAGUUUUUUAAAAAGAAAUUCAACGAUUGAAUGUUUAGAUUUGAGCGAUAAUAGAUUUGAUGGUCUUGCAAUUGUGAAAAUAAAAAUUGGUUUAUCCUUAUCGCAAAGUUUAAAAGAAUUAAUAUUAAGUAGAAAUCCAAUAUCUCCAGAAGAUGCAGAAAUACUUUUGACCGGUGUUAAAAACUGUGAAACAUUAGAAAAUCUUGAUUUAGAUGAAAUUUGGGUUAAUAAAUCCUUUAAUGAGGUUAAUUAUAAAGUUUUUGUGCGAAGAGAUGAACCAUUAGGAGAAAAAGAAUUUAUGGCAAAAGUUAAAUCUUUCAAAGCUAAAGUUGCAAAACCACUCAUUGAUGAAAUAAUGAAUCAAUUUUUAAUUCCGAAAGUAAAACAAGUUGACGUCGUAUCAAUGAGAAAUAAAUAUUUGACGAUAUUUCCUUCGAGUGAACCUCCUCCUCCGCCCAAAGUAAAAGGAAAGAAGGAUAAAAAGGGUAAACAGAAAUCGAAACAGGAAGAAAAACCAUCUCCGAUCGUGCCAGGAGGUACAACGGUCGACAAAGAUAAAAUUAUACAAAAGGAACUCUACGAAAGUAAUGCCGAUGAAAAAAUUACAACCGAACCAAAUUGA